CGCUUUUCUGGUCAUUCUGGACAUUACUAAUCGAUUCUUUCAUCAAAAUUUAAUCCCGAACAAUCACCGCGAAAAGAGUAAUCCCUGAAAAUGUUCGAAGCGGCGGCACGGCUCCAGGCGCACAACCAAGAGAUGGUCAAGUGCAUCAGCCAGCUGCGAACGCAGCGCCAAAAGCUGGCCGACCGAGUCGCCACCCAGGAGCAGGAGAAGGCCCUGGUCGAGCAGGAAAUCCGAAAGCUGCGCCAACAGUUGAACGCACUGGAUGAAUCCCUGGAGCAAAACCGCCGGAAGCUCGAGGAACAGGACACCAAGCUGACGGAAACGGAAACCGGCUACAACAAGUUGGUCGACACGAUGCACGUUCUGCUGAUGUCCGUUAAAAAGGACGAAAAGGAUUUCGGCUGUCCGGCGAGAUCCACCGCCGCCAAGAAGGAAGCCACUAGCUAGUGUGAUUUAAUUUGAUGUUUAUGUAUUUUAUUUUGAAUCCCAGAUGAAUUAAAAACUUAGUAUGUAUUAAACUCUCUCUAGAUAAUCGAAAAUAGGCACGAAUGACUAUAAUACGCUGAACAUUUUACAUUAAAUAUAUUACGAAUAUUUUUGGUAGGAUAUUAAAAAAAACGAUGUUUUAUUCCUUAUUUCUGUUUCAUCUACCACAUGCAACCUUGGUAUUAUCACAAUCAGUCUAAGAAAAGUCUUACGAUCGAAAUAGGUAUGAACUUUUUGUUGAAAUGCUUUCCUAUAAAAAAGAAUAAUAAUCUCUACCCUGUGGCCUAUUUUGGCUAAGAGAGGACUCGUUGUCAAAUAUGUUUCACCAUUAAACUGAUGUUGCUAUGCCUACUAAUCCUAUAUGUACCUAAGUUCAAUAAAUAAUCAAUUACCUUCGUUGAUCUCUACUGAAAUGCUUGCGUUGAAUAAAUAGCCUACAUACGUGGAGGAUUGCGGUCUUUACUUGACCACCGUUCAUCAUCAGUGGGAUGCUUCUGUCGUCCUAAUAGGGGGUGGUGUAUUCAAACAGGAUUCAAUUCUCCUUUUGGCCUCGGAAAAAUGUCGUGUACGAUUCUGUUGUGGUGUGACUAGAAGACGUGUCUGAUUUUGUGGAAGUUAGGCAUAGCCUGCAGCCCGUACUUCGUUCCAGGUUUUGAUCAUUUCUUCCGGAUCGUCGU